AUGACAUCUUUCGUGACUCAGUCCAAGCAGGAAAAGAUCGACCAGGUCAAGGCCAACCUCCCCCUCCCCGAGCAGCCCCCCAAGCCGUCGGACUGGCAGUCGGCCAACGCCAACACCGUCAACGUUGGCAGCGGACGAUCCGAGGCCGAGCGCAACAUUGGAACCGACACCGGUGCAGCGUCGGGACUCCGCGGUCCCGCCAGCAAGGACACCGUUGACCUCGAAAAGGUUGGACGGCAGGCCGUCGAGGGCGAGCUGCCCAAGGAUGCGUCUUACUGA